AUUCGACAUGUUCUGUCUUGUGUAAGGAAUGUGAUUUAUCUACCAAUGAAUGCGUCACAUGUGUUGGGGGAUGGUAUGGUGACCAGUGCGUUAACGAAUGUAACAGAAAAUGUCUGUUGUUAACCGUCAAUGGUGAAGCCGCCCGGCACUGUGACAGAAAAACAGGUAGAUGUUCCGAAUGCGAGGCAGGGAAGUAUGGAGGAACUUGCGACAUGGAUUGUGGCCGCGGGUGUAUAUAUGGCGAUAAGGGGGGACAAUGGGGGAGGCAUUGUGACCGGGAAUCAGGCGUUUGUUUCUUCGGAUGCGAUGUAAAAAGCGGGUACUAUGGUAUUCAGUGUGAUAAAAAUUGUAGCAUCGGAUGUGAAGAAAAUUUCGCAGCGGCAAUACGUCCUUGUAACCCAGACAACGGAGUCUGCUCACUGGGCUGUGAACCAGGAUGGAUUGGUAAAACCUGCCAAGAAGAAUGUGGAAUAAACUGUAUGACCAAAUAUGAUCAUUUUUAUAGAAAAGACAUUCGGCAUUGCAAUAAUAUUACAGGGGCUUGUCAAAAUGGAUGCGACUCUGGAUGGUUUGGAAGUAAUUGCUAUUGUGAUAGAGAGGGUUAUUUUUGUGAUGAAACUGGAUGUAGCAGCGAAAGUAAUAAAUGUAAAAACUGUUUGAAUGGUUAUUAUGGCGAAGAAUGUAAAACCAGGUGUCCCAAUAACUGUGAUAGAGAGGGAUGUAACAGGCAAAGCGGGAAGUGUAUCCAUUGUGCAGACAAUAUGUUUCGAGAGACAUGUUCAUGCAGAGGACAUUGCAUGACCUCUGGGGACCUGGACGAUGGCUGUGACGAGAGUGGUGUUUGUAACACGUGUCAAUAUGGAUUCCAUGGUCCCUUGUGCACUCUUAAAUGUUCUUCAAAUUGUGUCGGAGGACAGUGCGAUAGAAAUAGUGGAACUUGUGAUCGCUGUAGUCCUGGAUAUUACGGAGAGCAAUGUGACAAAAAGUGUUCAGACACUUGUGAUGUUAACGGUUGCGAUAAAGUCAGUGGAUCUUGCCAUGCAUGUUUAUCAGGAUAUUUUGGUUCAUUUUGUGAAAACACAUGCCCCCAAAACUGUUUAUCUCAAAAUUGCUCCAAAGAUACAGGGGAUUGCUUUGAAUGUUUGGGUGAUUGGACCGGUGAUCGUUGUCAAUGCAGAGGGAAAUGUCUGAAAGAGAAUCAAUGUGACGCCAAUGGGAUUUGUAUUAACUGUACUGACGGAACAUUUGGGGAAUUUUGUGAUAAAGACUGUCCAGGGAACUGCAAAGGCGGAUGUGUACGAAGUACAGGGAAUUGCAAUAAAUGCCAGAAAGAUUGGUAUGGACAGCAAUGUUACUGCACUGGCAUGUGCGGAGACCGCGAAUGUGAAGUUUCAACAGGUCUAUGUCACGAAUGUCAAAGUGGUUACCACGGUGAGAAGUGUACAGAGAGGUGCCCUCCAAACUGUGACGAUUCUGGAUGCAGUCGGGAUGACAGUUCCUGUAAUCAUUGUAAGCCACAGUGGUUUGUAGAAAGAAAGCAAUGUUCCUGCAGUGGUCAUUGUAAUGACCAUGGUUGUAACACGGAUUCCGGAAUUUGCAUAAACUGCGAUCGCGGAUGGUAUGGGACAAAAUGUAAACGUUCCUGUCCGAUAAACUGUAAUUCUAAAGGAUGUGCGCGAGAGACAGGAUUUUGCCAUGAGUGCAAGGCUGGAUUCUUUGGAAAUAGAUGUAAAUGUACUGGUCAUUGUGACUCUAACGGAUGCGACAUAGAUGGUCGCUGUGUUGCUUGUGAUGGUGGUUAUUCUGGAGAUCUUUGCUUAAAUAGUUGUCCAAAGCAUUGUGCUGGACUUAAGUGUUCACAAAAUGGCUUUUGCAAUGCAUGUGAAGAUGGAUGGUUUGGGCAAAAUUGUGAAUGUUUUGGACAUUGUAUGGAUAAUUUAUGUGAAAAUAAUGGCAAAUGCAAUAGUUGUAAGCUUAAUUGGUACGGGCCAAACUGCAAUAUAAGUUGUCCAAAGCAUUGUGCGAAUGGUUGCAAUUGGGACACUGGAAAAUGUAAUAAGUGCAAACCAGGGUGGUAUGGUGAAACGUGCAAUCAGGCCUGUCCUGAAAACUGUGCAAACGGGUGUCAUCGAGAAAAUGGAACAUGUUUAGCCUGUAAGCCAAGCUGGUUUGGUGAUACAUGUGCGUGCGUAGGAUAUUGCGAUAAAAAUGGCUGUCUAGAAAAUGGAAUUUGUCAAAAUUGUUCUAUUGGUCGUUAUGGUAAAAAGUGCUUAAGAAAUUGUUCUGAAAAUUGCUCUGAAAGAAAUUGCGAAAGGAACAGCGGAAACUGCCUUGAUUGUAAGAAGGACUGGUAUGGUGAUAAAUGUACAUGCAAAGGGCCAUGUGGAAAAACUGGUUGCGACGCUUCUGGUACAUGUUUAAAGUGUGCUAAAGGAUUAUUUGGAAAACACUGUAGCAAAAACUGUUCUUCUCCUUUUUGUGCCGUUUGUGACAGAAACAGUGGUAUCUGCGAAGUUUGUGUAUCAGGACGAUACGGUAAAGAUUGCGAGAAACCGUGUCGUGAAAAUUGCAAAAAGUCCAGAUGCAAGAAAACAAAUGGACUUUGUGUAGACUGCAUUCCAGGAAAAUAUGGGGAAUUAUGUGAAAAAAACUGCAGCUUAAACUGUCAUGAUGAUUUGUCAUGCCGUCGUAGUGAUGGUCACUGUCAAAAUGGCUGUAAACCAGGCUACGAACCACCGAUUUGUUCCUCUGCCCUUACCCAGACUAAAAUGCAGACGAUGAUCAUAAUAAUAAUAACUGUUUCUGUGAUUGGGUUUAUAACGUUGAUUUGAAACGAAGCAAAAACUUAGCCCAGCUCCAAACAGAA